CGCUUCCGAGACCGUGUCUUCUGACCGGAGGCACGUGCCGUGUUGAGUGGUUCUUGCCCCUUGAUCCGGAGAACACCACCGAGCUCACGCUUCUCCCACCCCCAAGUCUACGGCCGUUUCCUCUCCCCACAAGCCAAGCAAGCUUUUCUAUAACCACCACUUGCCCCACGCCGUGAUCGUUCUCUAUACCUUCCUUCCUCGGCCGUCCACCCUCUGUCGCGUGCUACUUUUCCUGAACUCCAGAUGUUGGUGAUUUUCAUAUGAGUUUUGAUGCUGGGAGAUCCUUGAUGCCAAAUCCACUCUCUUUAAAGAAUGUCCUUAGCUUCUAUCUGGUCAGCAAAUUUAUAUCAAUUGUGGAACAGUCUCGGAAGCAAUUCAACUUUCACUUUUCUCAGAUUUAGUACGACAUUGGUUCCUGAGAAACCUUAUAACACUAGGCGACGUCAACUGCAACAGUUAAGACGCCUGGUACAAGUGUUGAGAUGGGAACCACGGAGUUUUAUUACAUCAUGUAGCCAUCCUGAGUGGAAGGUUGACAAAGUAAUGGUCAGAUCAUCAACAAAUAAAGAUAUCAAUCAGCCAGAACUUAACAAACUUAAAGCUGUUCAGUGUUACCAUAUCCAAGAAAAUAUUUCUAUCAGGAAAGCCUUUGAUCGGCCUGCAACUAUUCUUGUUUUUGAUAUUGAAACCACUGGGUUCAGUCGUCAAAAUGAAAGGAUUAUUGAGUUUGCACUUCGUGAUCUUAUUGGUGGCAAGAACAGUACAUUCCAAACCCUUAUAAAUCCUGAAAAAGAUGUAUUAAAUGCGUAUAUUCAUGGAAUUCGCACUUAUAUGGUCAACAAGCCUGAUGUCCCAACGUUUAGGGAGCUAGUUCCUAUCCUACUGCAAUACGUUCGGAGCCGCCAAGUGGACGGAAGACCAGUAAUAUGGGUUGCUCACAAUGGACGUCGGUUUGAUGUACCUUUCAUGAUCAAAGAAUUCCAGCGUUGCUCCGUGGAGAUUCCUCCAGACUGGAUGUUUGUUGACACUCUUCCACUUGCACGCCAGCUGGUGAAAGCAGAUGGAUCAAAGCUUCCUUCCUUUUCGUUGAAGGCACUUCGUGAGCACUAUGAAAUUCCUUUAGACGGACCAGCACACAGAGCAAUGCAGGAUGUAACGACACUAUGCUAUGUACUCCAGAGAAUUACUUUUGAUCUGAAACUGUCUGUUCCCGAGCUCAUGAAUGGAGCUUUCCGGGCUUCUGACAUCAUUAAAAUUCUUCCUGAGAAACAAGAUGGAGCUGUCUAACCCGAAAUAAUAGAAACAGUAAUUUGCUUUACUCAACGAUGUAACAUCCGAAGUGUUACAUUAUCAGUCAUCAUUGUGUAAGGGUAGUUUCUGAUUGUUUAUCGUGUGACCACUAUGGAAAUUAGUUAUAUUUUCAUAAGUUACAUUUGGAAUGUGUUA